AUGUCAAACUAUACUCAUCUCGAGCCUACCGAGCAACAAGGUGUUGCUACGGUGCUAUGUUGCAACUGUGGUGUUCCCAUGGAUGGUACCACUGGUCUAGUCAUGUGUUACGACUGUAUAAAACUUACAGUUGAUAUCACCGAAGGAAUUCCAAGGGAGGCAAAUGUGUCGUUCUGUAGGAACUGUGAACGUUUUUUGCAACCUCCAGGACAGUGGAUCCGUGCAGAAUUAGAAAGUAGAGAGCUUUUGGCUUUGUGUCUCAGGAGGUUGAAAGGUUUGAAUAAGGUCAGAUUGAUUGAUGCUUCCUUUAUCUGGACAGAGCCUCACUCUAGAAGAAUCAAAGUUAAACUAACAGUUCAGGGUGAGGCUAUGACAAACACUAUUAUUCAGCAAAGCUUUGAAGUUGAAUAUGUUGUAAUGGCAAUGCAAUGUCCUGACUGUGCCAAAUCAUUUACUGCUAAUACGUGGAGAGCCGCUGUUCAGGUUCGUCAAAAAGUUCCUCACAAAAGAACCUUCUUGCACUUGGAACAGUUGAUUCUAAAGCAUAAUGCUCAUGUUGAUACCAUUUCUAUUAAGGAGGCCAAGGAUGGUCUGGACUUCUACUACGCACAGAAAAACCACGCUGCCAAGAUGAUUGACUUUAUCAGUUCCGUGGCCCCUGUCAAAUCCAAAAAAUCUGAAGAACUUGUGAGUGCAGAUAUUCAUUCAGGAACCUCUACGUAUAAGUUUACUUUUUCUGUUGAAAUUGUACCCAUCUGUAGAGAUGACUUAAUUGUUCUUCCAAAAAAGUUAGCACAUUCCUUAGGAACUAUCUCCAGACUGGUAGUUUGCUCCAAAGUUUCGAAUACAGUUCAAUUUAUUGAUCCAAACACAUUACAAAUAGCAGACAUAAACUCCAACGUUUACUUCAGAGAUCCUUUCCCAGUUCUGUGCAACAGAACAGAGUUAAUUGAAUUCAUUGUGCUCGAUGUUGAACCUACUGGAGAGACCAGAGGAAACUAUAUUCUUGCUGAUAUUACCGUAGCAAGAGCAGCAGACAUGGGUAACAAUGAUCAAGAAUACUAUGUAAGAUCGCAUCUUGGUGGCUUACUGAAUCCUGGAGAUUCUGCGGAUGGAUACUUUUUGGCUAAUUCGAACUUCAACAGUGACCUUUUUGAUGAAUUAGACAGCAAGAAUGUACUAGAUGUAGUUCUGAUCAAGAAACACUUCUCCAGAAGUGCAAGAAGAGCUAAGAAGAGAGCUUGGAGACUUAGAAGAAUGGCGAAGGAACACCAGGAUAUUGUCGCUAAUGACGAAUCUAGACAAGCUAAACAAGAGCAAGAGAAGGCUGAAAGAGAUUACGAGAUCUUUUUGCAGGAAUUGGAGGAAGAUCCAGAACUUAGACAAACCGUUAAUCUUUAUAAGGCUGAUGAGCCACCAGCUCCAGAAAAUGAGGCUGACAUGGAUGAAGAUGACGAUGCCCCUGAAAUUGGUGUUGAUGAGUUAUUAGAUGAGCUUGAUGAGAUGACUCUAGAUGAAUAA